AUGAGAUUAUACCUUUCUUCAGUGGUUCCAUUGGCCUUUUUACAAACUCCCAUAUCGUACCCCAAAGAUGGUGCCCCAAAGUACUCCAUCUAUGGUAGCUUAGGAGUUACCGUCAACCACUUCUUGGCGAAGCUAUUUUGGCCACGAGUUGAGAGAGGAUCUCAGAAACAAUGCUUGGAAAAUAUCUUUCGCGGAUAUCUGUCUACGCUCUACCGCAAUAGUGCAGAUUUCGAAGACGAAAUCUUAAGAACCAUCGAACUUUCUGAUGCACUGGACACAACCGCCUACGGCUACGUCACCUCGAAUGGAAACAGUACAAUACGAGAGCAAAAGCUACCAGGAUUUGAUGAUUUUGAUGAUGUACAAAAUAUGAUGUUGACGUUUGGAACGAUGUUCUGCAGUAGAGAAGGUGCUCAGCCUGGAUCACCCUACGAAGCAAUGUAA